AUGCCUUUGGAAAUGGAAAUUAAGGAUUUAAUAGUGUUCAGUGAUUCCGAUUUGCUUAUACAUCAGACUCUCAAAGAGUGGAUCACCCGGGAUUCAAAAAUUUUGCCCUAUCACUAUAGUUUAUUGGAUUUGACGAACAAAUGUAGAAGUUUGGAGUUCAGGCAUAUUCCACGUGCUAGAAAUGUCUUUGCCGAUGCUUUGGCCACUUUAUCUUCAAUGAUUCAACAUCUAGACGAGUUGGUGAUCGAAUCUAUCCAGAUUCAUUUGCAAGAAAAACCUGCUCAUUGCCUAGUUGUGGAAAAAUCUCCUGAUGGCCGUCCCUGGUACAACGAUAGUAAGGAAUUUCUCAAAACAGGGUCCUACCCUCUUGGGGCCGAUACGACUGCCAAAAGUUUCUUGCGCAAAUUAUCUUCCAAAUUUUUCUUGAAUGGAGAGGUGGUAUACAAAUGGACGUCAGAUUUGGGCCUUCUGAGGUGUGUUGAUGAAGUUGAAGCAGAAUAUUUGAUGAAAGAAGUACAUAGCGGUGUAUGCGGAUCACAUAUUAAUGGCCAUUUAUUAGCAAAGAAGAUCAUGAGGACCGGAUAUUUUUGGCUUGCUAUGGAGCAUGAUUGUGUAGUUUUUGUUAGGAAAUGCAUCAAAUGUCAAUUGCAUGGAGAUGUUAUGCGCACUCCCCCUACAGAAUUACACAGUAUGACUGCUCCCUGGCCAUAUUCAAUGUGGGGUAUGGAUGUAAUUGGAGCCAUUGACCCUCUCGCUUCAAAUGGGCAUCGGUUUAUUUUGGUGGCAAUUGAAUACUUUACUAAGUGGGUCGAAUCUGAGUCUUACAAGCAUGUGACUAAGAAGUGGCCUCUCACAGUGGCAAUUCACGGGUGGCAGCGGCGGAUUCCGGUGGCUCCGUUCCUUGCUCUGUUUGUAUCGCAGCUUUGCGCCUCUGCUUUGGUUUCCUUUAGCUCCUCCGUCGAAGACCCUCUGCUUUUUGCUUUUGCUCCAGUGCCAGAGAUAUUAAUCACUGACAAUGCUAAGAAUCUCAACAAUGAUAUGGUGGAUAGAUUGUGCGAACAGUUCAAAAUCAAGCAUCAGAACUCCUCUAUUUAUAGGCCACAAAUGAAUGGAGCAGUAGAGGCCGCAAAUAAGAACUUGAAGAAAAUAAUCCGUAAGAUGACUGAGAGACACCGUGAUUGGCACGAGAAACUCCCUUAUGCAUUAAUGGCAUAUAGAACUGCUAUUUGGACUUCUACUGGGGCAACUCCCUUCAAUCUCAUGUACAGAAUGGAAGCAGUUUUGCCAGCCGAGGUCGAAAUCCCUUCUUUACGCAUUUUAAUGGAGGCCAAACUGGAUGAGGCUGAUUGGAUUAAACAACGUCAUGAGCAAUUGUCUUUAAUUGAUGAAAAGAGGUUAAAUGCCAUUUGUCAUGGUCAAUGUUAUCAAAAAAGGGUAGCCCGUGCUUACAAUAAGAAGGUCAGGCCACGGAUAUUCACAGAAGGAGAUAAAGUGUUGAAACACAUUUUGCCAGUACAAGAGGAAGCUAAAGGGAAAUUUGCACCAAAUUGGUAA